AUGAAUACAAGUCAAGGGGGAAGACGGAGACGGAUCAACUAAGCCAAACUACCAGUAAUUACUCUCUCUUUUUCUCUGGUCACACUCUGAUUUGGUCAGAAUUCUGAGCUCUAAGAUAAGACUGGGCUAACGUACGCGCUUCCUCCCGGCGGUUUUUAGUACACCUUGAUUUCAGAUCAGCGCUGCGAUAGCCAAAACCCCAACCCUUUUUCCCGGCGGCUGAUCGGACGGUUUUGGAUACAGCUCAACAACGUGAGGGUUCUAAAAAAUUUUGCUUUUUUUUUGAAUCUCUUGAAAGUGAGAAAGAAGAGAGGGAAUACAAACCAUGAGUUGCUUUGGAUGUUGCCCUGAUGAAGAUGACAUGAGAAAGACUCCUGAUAAUGGACCUUACAUGCCUCAUAGUUCUGCAGGCGCUUUAGGUCAGCGUGCCGCUGAAAGUGCACAAAAAGAAACGCAGCCUGUGAACAUCCAGCCUAUCACUGUCCCCGACCUCCCAGUUGAGGAGUUAAAAGAUGUCACAGACAAUUUUGGUACAAAGGCAUUGAUUGGCGAGGGGUCAUACGGAAGGGUGUAUUAUGGUAUUCUUAGAAAUGGGCGAGCUGCAGCCAUAAAAAAGCUGGACUCCAGUAAGCAGCCCGAUCGAGAGUUUUUAGCACAGGUUUCUAUGGUGUCGAGACUAAAGCAUGAAAAUGUGGUUGAGCUACUUGGUUAUUGCGUGGAUGGUGGCCUUCGCAUACUAGCCUACGAAUACGCUCCAAAUGGAUCUCUUCAUGAUAUUCUUCAUGGAAGAAAAGGCGUGAAAGGUGCACAGCCAGGUCCCGUGCUGUCGUGGGCCCAGAGAGUGAAGAUUGCCGUUGGUGCUGCAAAGGGACUAGAAUACUUGCACGAGAAGACGCAGCCUCACAUCAUUCAUCGUGAUAUUAAGUCUAGCAAUGUUUUACUCUUUGACGACGAUGUUGCUAAGAUUGCAGAUUUUGAUUUGUCAAACCAAGCCCCUGACAUGGCAGCACGCCUUCAUUCCACCCGUGUUCUCGGGACUUUUGGUUAUCAUGCUCCUGAGUAUGCGAUGACUGGGCAGUUGAAUUCCAAGAGUGAUGUUUACAGCUUUGGUGUUGUUCUCCUUGAACUACUAACUGGCCGUAAACCUGUUGAUCACACCUUGCCUCGUGGACAACAGAGUCUUGUAACAUGGGCAACACCGAGGUUGAGCGAAGACAAAGUGAAGCAGUGCGUUGAUGCUAGACUGAACAGUGAAUACCCUCCAAAGGCAGUUGCAAAGAUGGCUGCGGUGGCUGCCUUGUGCGUGCAAUACGAAGCGGAUUUCCGGCCAAAUAUGAGCAUCGUGGUAAAGGCUCUUCAACCUCUACUGAACGCUCGAGCUGGGCAUCCCAGCGACACGCCAAACCUGUGAAUUCCUCCUGUUCUUUAGCCCCAAAUGCCUUAAAGAUUGAGAUUAUUUUGUUAUGAUGAAGUGUUUGAAGAUCCUGCAACAUGUGAAUCAGUGACAAUUCUUUCUGUUUGGUUUUUCCUCCCCACCAUUUUGAUGCAUAGAAUUAUUAUUAUUAUUAAUUAUUAUUAUGUAGAUGCACAAGACCAAAACUGCAUUGAUGUCAUUCCUCCCAGAUUGUAUUGUAUUUUUAUAAAAUAUAAUAUUAGUUUCAACUCAGCAUUGAACCCU